ACACGCUCGAAGACUCUAUUUGCAGCCGCCUGUCUAGGUUUCCGAGCGUCGCAGUUUCUUCCCGGGGCAACUUUUUACGAACAUGAACGUCAACGUUCGACCUGAAAUGUUGCGUCAAGGCAUGGGUCAGCCACCAAUGCUGGGUCUCAGUAGCGGCCCAUUCAUGCAGUCACCUCCUCAGCCUGGCCAGCAGCAGCAAUUGGGUAUGCCAUCAUCGACCGUGCCGCCAAUGGCCAUGUUGAGCGGCGGCCCACCUAAUCAGAACCCGUCUAUUCAGCAUCAGCGGUAUCCAAUGCCAGUCCAGCAGCAGCAUCCUUCAGCGGGCCCGACACAGCGUCCGAUGCUGAUGCGACCCGUCCAGUCUAUGAAUCCGUCCCCCGGUGGCGCGCAUAUGAACAUCAAUUUCGGCAACAAUCCUAUGAUGCAGCAGCAGCAGCAGCAGCAGUCUAUCGCUAAUCGCAGGGUCUCUCAUACCCAACCACUACCCCCAGGCGGCAACCACAUAGGCUCUUUGCCCAUGGGAAUAAACCAGCAAGGCAAUAUGCCUACUCAAAUGCGACAACCACCGGCACACGGACAGGCGCAGCAGCCGCAGAUGCGCCAGCCCUCUGGUCAUAUGUCCCCCGAAAUGGCGAUGGGGAUGAGGAGCGCUAGCGGCAAUCCAGGGCUUCCUCAGAACGUUGUCAGGACGGGGUCAGCACAGAUGGGAAUCAUGAAUGGUAUUCCUCAGCCAGGUCAGCCGCAGUCUAUGCAAGGUGGGAUGCAAUCGUCGCAUCAGAACAACUUUCAGAGUCCUGUACCCCUUCCUCUUCAGCAUCAGACCGCGCAAAUACCUCCUUCGCCCCGUCCCCCUUCACAUCCAUCGUCGCAUACCCCUGCCAUGAAUAUGGGUCCGGGUCCGUCGCAGCCUAACAUAAAUCGUCCCCAGAUGGCAUCCGACAAUCCCAUGGCUUUUAUGGACUUUUCGGCGCCGCAGUUUCCAGGACAGACAUCAUCGGGGGGCAACAACCAAUUUCCCUUUGUGCCUUCAUCAACACCACCAACACAAAUGGGGGAGAUGUCAAGAACCCUACCAUCUAACAUUGCCAAUACGCCACCGAACCGGACCGCCUUCCAGCUGACUCCAGCUCAACAAUUUGAGCAGAUGCAACAGCAAGGAACUGAAAACUAUAAUUCAUUUGGUAUGCCGCCUCCUCCCCGCCCACCAUCGCACAAUCACCACCACGCCCCGCUGCCGCAGUCACAGCCGUCCUCUCAUCCUCCGUCACCCUCCGAUAAUAUAAACACAUAUCCCCGUCCUGGCUCUCGACCGCGGUCACAGUCCGGACGACCUUCCUCUUCACAUACUCCCCGCAUCACUCAAUCCCAGCUCCCUACAAAUACUGCACUUGCAACUACUGGACGCAUACCGUCUCAACAUACCGGCCCUCAGCCACAGUCUGGACUCCAGCCGCCGCCCGUCCUGAGCUCUAGUCAACCUGCUGGACCGCCAAGACCGCCGAAUCAGCCCCAGGGCAAUCUUACUCAUGGGUCUCCGGCCUCUUCAUCUACGGUUUCAUCGACUGAUCAACACGCGCCGGCGUCUGCUCCCCGUCCGCCGCCUGUAAGCCUUGUGACAACAGCACUUGGGAGCGGCCAAGGACUCACACGACUGUUGCAGUUUAGUGGUAACUUAUCGAACGAGAGCAAAACGAAAUUGCAGCUUUCUUGGUGGAAUGACCUAAUCAAGGAAUAUUUUACGCAGAAAGCUGUCAUGAAAAUAACCUUGUGGAAAGAUAACCAAAAAACUGAAGCAAAACCAUUUGAAAUUGGUGUUCCUAUAUUGCCCCGCUUCUUCUUGGUGACGACCCAGUCGGGCGUCAAAUCCAUGACACUAACAUUGGACGGGGCUCGAGAACGAAUGUAUUCCCAGGGUCACUCUGUUGUUGAAUGCGUAACGGCAGUUUGGACGUACAAGUACAACAAUGGCUACACGGUUACGCUGCGGGGACCUCUGACGGCACAUGUCGUGAUAACGUCACCGCACCCGCCUGGAACAUCGUCUGCUACUGGGAACUAUGUGCUGAAAUUCGACGAUUUCCAGUUCGACGCCAACUAUCACGAUAAAUAUAUUGCUCUUGAGUCUAUCAUUGGCACGAGAAUGAUAGAAUCUCCAAAAACGCCACGGAUGCGCAAUGUACCCACGCCAGGACCCAAUGGUGUCGUGAAUCAAGAGGAUGAGGAUAAGAAGUGGGAGGAACCUAGAAUUGUCAUUGAACAAGGGUCCAUUCCAGGGGAGCCUGUCAAUGCAUUUGGGAUACCGCAAGCCACGAUGCGAUGUUUGGAGUUGGCCGAAAGUGUAGCACAGAUGACUGACUUGAUAACCUUCUCCAACGACACAAAACUAGGGCCAAUAGAUGCUCUGAACAAGUAUGCAAACCGACUAAGGGAUGCGAUGCCGAUUGUACCGCUCACCGGAGGUCAACAUAUGAUGAACGGGAUGAACCAAAUGAAUACUGGCGGUGGCAUGAUGUCACAUCCCUUUGCUUCAUUUCCCACGGCAAGCGCUAUGUCGUCGACAACAUUGUAUUCUAGCGCCCCCACUUCUGUGACUAACCCUGCCCCACUCCCCCAACCUCAGGCGCCCACAUCUUCGAUCAGCUCUCCCCAAAAUGCUCCGCCGUCAGCUCAUAACUCGCCGACGAAGCAGCACAAGACGAUUCCACAUAACCAGAAUGCAUCGUCGUCAACAGCAUCUUCGUCGACGCCCACAUCGACAGCGAACACGCCUGCGCUAUCGAAUGCUUCGCUGAAGCGCAAACAACCAUCUGGCAAUAUCUCACCAACGACGGGACCAGAGCAGCCCCCUCCAAAACGCGCUACGCGAAAGCGGGGGAGGACUACUGGUGGGGGAUAGCAUCUCCAAGUUGUGCUUAUCUUUUGGCUCAUAUUUUGCUCUCCGAUUUGCAUCAGUUAAUUUUUGUGCACCAUAGAUUGUAACUUAGUACUCUACAUGGAUAUCUUACUUCUACCAGGAGACAUUUUGUUUUAUGCUGUUGUUAUUUAUAUUUCCUUGUAACCUGUACUUACUAGCGAACAUUUUUGAAAACCAAUGUGUAACGGGGAUGGGGGUAG